AUGACGGUUGACAAAGAAACACAAUAUGAUAGGCAAUUGCGUUUAUGGGCCACUUCAGGACAACUGAACUUGGAAAGGAGCCAUAUUGCACUAAUCAAUGUUAGUGCCACCGGAUGUGAAGUGUUGAAGAAUUUGAUCUUACCAGGGAUAGGUAAAUACACCAUUAUUGAUGACAAAGAAGUAACACAGGAAGAUUUAUCAUCGAAUUUCUUUCUCAAGUUGAAAGAUCUCGGUAAGAAAUUGGCCCACUGUGUCAAGACAAACUUGAAUGAAUUGAAUACCGAUGUCCAAGGUUUCGCCAUUGAAAAGUCACUUGAACAAGUCUUGGCAAACGAUAAAGAAAACAGCUUUUGGGAUCAGUUCCAUUGUGUUAUUGUUAGCAACUAUACUCCCAGGUUGCAUGAAUUGAUUGACAUACUUUGGGAUAAACACAUUCCGUUACUUGUCGUUAACACUGUGGGAUUUUACGGAUCAUUAAACCUAAUAGCUAAUGAAACAACGGUAAUAGAAACUCACGACCCGUCAAAGUUGUUUGACUUGAGAAUUGACCAACCAUGGUCAGAGUUGCAGCAAUUUGCCGAUUCUUUCAAUUUGGAUGAAUUGGAUGAUCAAGAACAUGCUCACGUCCCUUAUAUUGUCAUCUUCAUCAAGGCGUUGCAAUUUUGGAAACUUGAGCAUGAGGGAAACCUGCCAUCAAGUUAUCAUGAAAAGAAAUCAUUCAAGGCUCUUGUUGAGUCAAUGUCAAGAAACAUCAAUAUAGAAACAAACUUCAUUGAAGCUUUGCAAUCGUGCCAUCGAGCUUUUCAAAAAACUGAAGUACCCUCCAGUAUACAAACUUUGGUUGACUCAAUUGACUCGAAAACUUUUGAUGGAAAAACACCACUAUUUUGGAUCUACAUCGCUGCAUUAAAAGAGUUUUUGCAGUUGAACAGCAAUAUUCUUCCCUUGCCAGGUAAACUACCUGAUAUGGCAUCGGAUACCAAAAACUAUACUAAUUUAUCACGUCUUUAUCGUGAAAAAGCUUUAAAGGACCAAUACCUUUUCACAGAUCAAGUCCACAACAUACUAAAUCGAAUCGGUAGAGACCAAGAGACUGUGACUUCCGAGUCGAUAGCAACAUUUUGCAAAAACGCUCUGUUGUUAUUCGUUACUUCUGGGUCGAAGCAUUUGCUCAAUGAAUCUCUUUUGACACUCCUUGGUCCAUCAAGUGAAUUACUAGAGUCAAACACUACCCCCACUGCAGAAUCGAAUAUGAUUUCCAUCUACGUGGGAAUUCUAACCUACAAUGCAUAUAUUGAGCAACACAAAGUAUCACCAACGAUUGACGACCUUGACGAGUUCCUUUCCGUAUAUCGAUCCACUAUAUUGCAUUCAAACUCAGCUACAUCUAUAAAUACACCACCACCACCUCAUCAAGUGCAGUCGUCUACUUUGGAAAUCUUUAAGGAAAUUUUGUUGCACAAUUCAACCAAUUAUCCUAACUUGAGUAGUAUCAUGGGAGGAGUUGCCAGCCAAGAAAUUUUGAAAUUGACAACUGCGCAAUACAUUCCCUUGGACAAUUUGUUCAUAUUCGAUGGGAUAAAAUCUAGUAGUGAACGAUUCAAAAUUCAGUAA